UGGAAGAGAGACGUCGAUCACCCGACAAGGGUUUGUUGUGGUGACGUCAGUGGGACUCAAGAGUGGUGAGCAGGAAAAUUGUGCGAGAUACAAAUCCGUCACCAUGUUUCACAGGAUCUCGGCCAGUGGAGGCUCCGGAGCCCCAGCUAAUAAACCAGAAUUAUAUGAGGAAGUCAAGUUGUACAAAAAUGCCAGGGAGCGGGAAAAGUACGAUAACAUGGCUGAGCUUUUUGCGGUAGUGAAGACUCUUCAAGCUCUUGAGAAGGCUUACAUUAAGGACUGUGUGUCUCCAAAUGAGUACACAGCGGCUUGCUCCAGACUGCUGGUCCAGUACAAGGCUGCUUUCAAACAAGUCCAGGGGUCAGACGUGGGCUCCAUUGAUGAUUUCUGCAGGAAGUACAGGCUGGAUUGCCCAUUGGCCAUGGAAAGAAUUAAAGAGGACCGACCAAUUACCAUCAAGGAUGAUAAGGGCAACCUGAAUCGAUGCAUUGCAGAUAUUGUUUCACUCUUCAUCACAGUGAUGGAUAAGCUAAGGCUGGAGAUUCGGGCCAUGGAUGAGAUCCAGCCAGACCUGAGGGAGCUGAUGGAGACUAUGAACAGGAUGAGCAACGUGCCCCCAGACUUCGAGGCAAAGGACAAAGUCAACCUGUGGUUGACCACUCUUAGUGGGAUGUCUGCCUCAGACGAGCUGGACGACUCUCAAGUUCGGCAGAUGCUGUUUGACCUGGAGUCAGCAUACAAUGCCUUCAACCGCUUCUUGCAUUCCUCUUAAUUUGUUUCCCCACCCUAUUUUCCCUGGAAUUUACUGACACCUCCCUUCCAGGAAUUCUGAAGGAUGCUGAAAGCUGACAUCCCUCAUAUUGCCCCAUUAUUCUCCGUAAAAGUGCCUGGCUUCAGUGAAUUGAAUAUUUUGCAGUUUGUUGUCUUCAUGUUUAUUGGUAUCAAAGAACAGCAAAUGGCUUACACAUUGAGGGUAAUUUUCAACUGAAAGAUGACACUGUGGGGCAUUGUGAGGGUUAUAAAUAGAGAUGUACAGAAAAAAAGCAGAAUAGGAGUUCUUUUUAAAUUUGCCCACAAAACAUGUCUAUGCAUUAAAAACAGUAUCGAGGUUAGCACUGAGGUACUGAUUUUGUAGGAACCUAAAAUCUUACCAUAGCCAGCUUCUCCCUUUAUGAAGGUUCAGUAUUUUUAGCCAAUCAUUAUGUAUUUCAAUAUAUAUUAACUCUUGUUAAUAUAAUUAUUUUGUAUGCAUGAGGGAACUGCAUUCACUUGUUUGAGAUCAGAGGAGGUAGCGAUUGGCAUUGCUGCCUCACUUUGCUGGAACCUUGGGUUCAAUUCUGGGCCUGAGAUGAUAUCUGCAUGGAGUUAAUAUGUUCUCCCUGUAUUUGUGUGGGUUUCCUCUGGAUGCUCUAGUUUCAUCCUAUAGCCCAAAAACCUACUGGAAGGUUAAUUGGCUUCUGGGAAAAUUGGUCAAAGGUAUGAUUAUGUGAGCAUGUCUGUGUUUGUGUGUCUGC